AUGCUGAGCGUGGACAUGUACCCCGCUCUGAAUCUGGGACCUCAAAGGAUUGGAGACUUUUACCGAGACCGAGAAGCUCAUGCACACAUCCCGAUGCUCCCUCCAGCCUGUGACAUGACUCAGAGGAUGCCAGGCCCUCUUUCAGCACCCAGUGAGCCCGUUUCCAAACCCCAGAAGGAUGAUGUAAAGAUGGACCUAGAGAAUUCAGCUUUAUGGAAGCAUUUCAGCUCCGUGGGCACAGAGAUGAUCAUCACAAAAAAGGGCCGACGGAUGUUUCCUGGGUUGAGACUGAAGCUGUCAGGCUUAAACCCAUCCGUCCGCUACAUCCUCCUGCUUGACAUUGUACCUGUGGACAACUCCCGUUAUCGUUUCCAAGGCGGGGGCUGGCAGGUGGUGGGCAGUGCGGAGGCCCGGCUACCAGACCGGGUGUUCAUCCACCCGGACUCUCCGGCCACAGGUGCACACUGGCAGAGCCGGACCAUCUCCUUCCACUAUGCCAAGCUCACCAACAACACACUGGACACGCAGGGGCACAUCAUCCUGCACUCCCUGCAUCGCUACCAGCCCAGAAUUCAUGUGGUUGAAGCCAGAGAUGUGUUGAAGUGGGCUGGAGGACAGCGCACCUUUGUUUUCCCUGAGACCCAAUUUAUCACCGUCACCGCGUACCAGAACAGCAAGAUUACAGAACUUAAGAUCAACUCCAAUCCAUUUGCUAAAGGCUUCCGAGAGGAUGGGAUGAACAGUAAAAAACAAAGAGAUGCGAGACAGAAGCGUAAAAUUUCCGAUCUGACAGAAACCUUGGACACUGUUAACUGUGAUCCUUGCGACUCUACUGAGCUUGUGCCACAACAUUCAGCCAACCCCACGGAUCUGCAGGCCCUUGGUUUGGCGCUGACUGACCACUCCGCUGGGUUCAGACCUGAAGAGGCCUCCUACAAAGACACUCUCAAUCCAGAGCACUCGCUGGCACUGGACCAGGCAUUCAUAGCCUCCCAAAUGUCUGAUAUUGGCAUCAACUUAGCCGGUGGCAUACAGGAAACAUCAGGAACAUCAGUAGACAACAGCAUGAUUGAAAGAUCAGACCCUCUGGCUGAACCCGCUUACAUCUCCAGCUUCGCUGCCGCUCAGGACAACUCCUCUAAUUUCUCCUCUGUUCCUCAGCCAUCUUCCUCCUUUGACUCUCUCCCUGUCUCCACCUCCUCUGACACAUCUGACCCUCGGCCGUCCAUCCCGCCUAUGGACUACCCCACUCUCCUGUCAUCAUCCCCCACGCUCCCGGCAACCCCCUCCCUUCAGCAGAACUCCUUCACCUUCCCCACUCCGCCCCCAUCCGACUCCUCCUCCUCCUCCCCACAGGCGGUCCUCUCCUCCUCCUCCUCCUCCCCUUCCUCCAACCCCUACCCCACCAUCCCAGAGACAGUGGGCGCCCAAACUCCAACCCCUUUCCGUUGCCAGUCGGUCACACAGGAUCACAUGUCCACUCACUCCCUGCUCACUCACUCAAACCAGCAGCAGCUGACCGAGCCUAACUCCGACAGAAAUAAUGCACAAAGUCUUUGGGCCUCGGCAGCUUUCAUGUACCCAAAUGUCCAGACCACCAAUCAGGAUCUGUUUACAAUUGCGGCUCAACCUCUCCCCAAUCAGUACCAGCCAGCAGCGCCCCCUCUGUCACGCCCCCUCCCCGCUAACAGCACCCCCACAUCGUUUGCUUUCCCCUCUGUUUCUUCCCAGAUACAAAGCCUCUCAUUUCCAGGGAUGUCCCCCAGUCCCGCUCUGCAUCUCCCAAAUAUCAGCCACCAAGCCCCGGCCCCCUCCCUCGGCGCCACUCUGCCUCACCCCUCCUUCCCUCAUCCGUCCUCAGCCUCCUGUUCUCACCCUCAUUUCCAACCCUCCUCCUGCUUGGCCGUGUCCUCCUCGUUGCAGCAGCCCAUCCCCACGUCUGCGGCCUCGUCCCAACCUCACGCCCUGCCCACUCCCUCCGCCUCCUCCUCCUCCACCUGCUCUUAUCCUCCAGUGGAAAUUAGCGCCAUCCCCCCCACCUAUCGCUCCGAGUUGGUGUUACACCACCCGGCUCUCCUCCCUCAGCUGGACGCGCCACUGCCCUCCUCCAACCCGCCGGCGGCCCUCUACCCCGCCUUUCCCUCAUACCCUCUCCGGCUGUGCCAGAACCCUCACUCUUCCCUCUCUAUCCCUUUCAGACACCUGUAUAGACAACACCAGCAUGGCCACCCCCAUCCCCACCCCCACCCCCAGGGCUCCUACCUGGAUAUGAGUACAAGAGCAAUGUUUUAA